AUGUCUAGCUCUCAGCAAAAUUUCUGCAUUUGUUGGAAGGAUGUGGUAACAGCGGUUUCUGUCGUGGUAUCUACUGCCUCGUUAUAUUAUGCAUACAAAAUGUCUACUAGACUAUCUGAUCUCCCGCCCCCAAAAGAUAGAGUAGAUCAGCUUAUUGGUAACACACCUAUGGUACUUAUUCCUUCGCUAUCAAAGUUCACUCGCUGUAAAAUAUACGCUAAGUUAGAACUUUGUAACCCUGCAGGCAGUGCGAAAGAUCGUGUCGCUUUAAACAUUUUAAAAGUAGCAGAGACUCAAGGUUUGCUGACUAGAGGGCAUAGAGAUGUAGUAUUUGAGGGUACAAGUGGGUCUACUGGUAUAUCUAUUGCAACAAUUUGCAAUGCUUUAGGAUAUCAGUCGCAUAUAUCUCUUCCAGAUGAUACGUCACCAGAAAAAUUGGCCCUAUUAGAGAGUUUAGGUGCACAUAUCAAGAAGGUAAAGCCCGCUAGUAUUGUAGAUCCAAAUCAAUAUGUCAAUGCCGCAAAAAUGGCAUGUAAACUGCUGAAUGAACAGGGUCACGGUAGUAAAGGUAUUUUUGCUGACCAAUUUGAAAAUGAAGCCAAUUGGAUCGCUCAUUAUCAAUCCACUGGACCUGAGAUAUAUAGACAGUUGAAUGGUCGUAUCGAUGGAUUUGUAGCGGGUUGUGGAACUGGCGGUACGAUCGGCGGAGUUAGUCGCUAUUUAAAGGAGAGACUCGGGGAAAGAGUGCGCACAGUUCUUGCGGAUCCUCAAGGAUCAGGUUUCUUCAAUAAAAUAAAAUUUGGAGUUAUGUACGAUAAAGUUGAAAAGGAAGGUAAUAGACGGCGGCAUCAAGUUGAUACUAUUGUUGAGGGUAUUGGUUUAAAUAGAAUCACAAAGAAUUUCCAACGGGGCGAGCAUUAUAUUGAUGAUAGUGUGCGCGUAAAUGAUAGUCAAGCUAUUAAAAUGGCUAAAUACCUCUCUGUGAAUGACGGACUAUUCCUUGGUAGUAGUAGCGCUAUUAAUGCGGUUGCAGCAGUAAAGCUGGCUCAAGAAUUGAAACCAGGGAGUGUAAUAGUAAUAAUUGCCUGUGACAGUGGAUCAAGGCAUCUAAGUAAAUUUUGGAAACAAGCUAUGGCGGUGAGCAAUGAUAUACAAUUAUGUGAUAUUUUAUCUGACAAUUAG